UCGGCGAUCGACGCCAUGGCGGAGCUGCCGCUGCCCGCUGGGCUCAGCUCCAGCACCUUCCCCGCCAAGCUGUGGCGCCUGGUGAACAGCCCCCACGUCCGCUCCGUGCGCUGGGACAGCCGAGCCCAGGGACUGCUCAUCGACCGCUCCCUCUUCGAGCAGGAGCUGCUUAGCUCGGGCGACGCCCACGGGGCGGGCACUGAGGGGGCGGUACCAGCCCCCGACUCCUUUCAGGCCACGCACUUCGGCAGCGUCGUGCGGCAGCUCAACCUCUACGGCUUUCACAGAGUGCCGGGCUGGGUUGGCUCAGAUGAGCCGGGCGAUGCCGGGGGCUGGCUCCACUUCAGGAACCCCAACUUUCGUCGCGACCGCCCCGACCUCCUGCUCCGCAUCAAGCGCCUGACCAGGGCCAACAGGCAGCGGCUGGCAGCGGGGCUGGAGGUGCGCAGCCGCCAGCCCAGCCGCUUCCAGCAGCUCCACACGGAGCGGGCGGUGCCCUCCUUCCCCGCCGGGCAGCCGCCCAGAGCCGUGCUCUCAUACCAAGACCUCGCUGCUGCCUCAUCUGAGGGUUUAGAGCUGCCUCCAGGCCCUUCCAGGCUAAGUGCAGGUGCUCAGGACUCUGAGGUUUUCCUCACAUCUCCCAAGAAAAUCUUUGCCUCAUCUGGACUUCUUGGGGUUUCAUCCGAGGAACCAGGCACAGGCAAAUUUCAUCUCAACUGUGAGCUCAUCAUUCCACUGGUUCCCAUGGAGCUUAAAUGCCAACCUGAGCUCAUCAUUCCGCUGGUGCCUGUAGACCAUCACAACCCUUCCAUGGCCUCUCCAGAGAGGAGCAGCUGCACAUCUUCAGAGCAGCAGUUGCCAGCCUGCAGCCCAUCAGCCAUCCCAGACACUUCAGCCCCCAGCACUCCAGCUGGCAGUGCAGGCUGUGCAGCAUGGACAGCCCCCAGCUGGCUAUGGAAUACUCCUGGGGAAGAGGAAUUGCCACCACCGGAUCUGGACAUGGUGCUUGAGACGCUGGAGGAGAUGUUUUCUCCCUCUGCUCAGGGGAAUAUUAAUAUUGCCCCUGAGUUUUCAGGAGGGGACAGAGCUGUGGACAGAGCUGCAGCAGAGGGAGCUUUGCCUGGCACCAAGAGCUGCAGGAACAAUUCCCAGGAGCCUGAGGAGCUUGAUAUCCACCUGAUCUACCUCGCCAGGAGGGCUGCCCUGCGUGAGAAGAAGAAUCAGAGGGAGAGCCUGUGACCAUCGAGCAGGUGGAAUCUCUCCAUUUAUAUACAGAUUUCUAUAAGUCUAUUUGUAUAUCCCUAUAGUUAUAUUUGUAGAUUUAUACAGGUGUGUUAAUAUAGUAAAUCAUUAUAUAUAAUUUUAAUAUAUAUUUAUUUUUAAAUAUACAUAUUAUAAAUAUAUAUAUUCAUAUAUAUUUAUAUUAUAUAUAUAGUUAUAGAUUUAUACAGUUGUGUUUAUAUAGUUAAAUCAGUAUAUAUAUUUUUUUAAUAAUUGCAUCACAUUUAUACAUGUUUCGGAAUUAUAUUUAUAUGUAUGUAGUUCCAUUCAUAGAUUUUGAGAUUUAUGUUUAUAUGUGUAUAGAGUAACAUAUAUAUAUUUAUAUAUAUGUAUUAAAGUGCAUAGCUAUUUAGUUAGAGGUUUGUGGCAACUUAGAUGCAUAGAUUGAGCUGUGUAGGCCUAGGCUGCAUUUGUACCUCUUUCCCCCUCGGCUGCCUUUUUCACCUCUUGCUUUUCCCCCGGUGCCCCCUGUGUCCCCUGUCCCUGUGCUGGGUCCGAGCUGGCGGCCGGGCCGGGCGGAGCAGCACUUCCAGCCCCGGCUGUCCCUGGAGCGGUGGGAGCUGCUGCUGGCCCCAGGCACUGUCCCCUGAGGAGCUGCUGAAGGACGCUGCAAAGAAGACCUUGAGGACAGCCAGAGACUGACGGAAGGCAGCAGGGAGGAGCUGAAGGCCAGCAGCAAGAGCAGUGAACGGGGACCUGCUGCUGCCAGCCUGGAGAGAGCCCGGAUGUCCCAUCUGCUGUCGCUGUCCAGGAGAGCUGCUCUGCACGGGAGGAGGAGACCGAGGGAGAGGCUUUGAAGAUGGGGCAGCUGGGAUCCCUCUGCUUUGAGCUCUGUUUAUAGAUGUUUGGACUUACACCUAGACAGGGAUAAUUAUAUGGAUAUGUACAUGUGCAGGUUUCUAUUUGUAUAGGAAUAUUUCUAUAUGAAUGUUGGUAUAUUUAUGGAUGUAUUAUAUAUAUGUAUGCAUAUAUAUACAUAUGUCUUUGUAAUUACUUACAUGUGUAUAUAUGUAUCUGUGUAUACAUGUAUGUUGUUAUAUCUCUGUUUAGUUCUAUUUCCUAGGUUUACAGCUGUGUAGGUGUCUAUUUGUAUUGAUGCAGUUAUAGGUAUAUGUCUCUUUAAAUAGGUAUAAUGGAAUUUGUAUUGGUUGAUAUGUCUCUUUUUGUAUUUUUUAUUGUAGAUUGAUCUUCUGUCUAUUUAAUGUUAUUUACGUAUGUGUCUAGAUGUAUAGAUAUAUUUUUGCAUUGAUACAGUUGGGUGGAUAUUUAGUUUGGUGAUAUUUGUAUAUUUAUAGAUAGGUUUGUUUUAUAUAUCUACUGAUAUAUAUAUUGUAUGUAAUAUGUGAUGUUUUAUCUAUAUUUACACCUUUAGAUUUUUAUACUUGUAUUUAUAUAUAUCUUCAUAUAUGUAUGUUUUUAAUUCAAUUUCAACAUGUAUAGAGUGGUAUAGUUGUGUAAUUCUAUAAAUUGAAUUCUUAUUGUAGGUCUUUUUAGAGAGGGAAUGUGUAUUUUUGUAUUUAUGUGUGGGAUGUGCAUUUGUAGUAAUAGGUAAUAAAUUAAGUCCUUAAACACUUAAUUGAUCUUUGUGUAUAGAGAGUUCUUAUAGAUUUUGGCAAUAAAUAAGUUUUUCUUACCUGAAGUUGGUAUUUGUAGAUCUUUACACAGACUGGUUGUAAUAAUCUAAUAAAUUCCUGGUUUUUAACUUAAA